GAAGACGUGAGUGGAGAUACGGAUUAGUCGGAUCAUCAUUUUAAGAAGGAAUCAUCACAGAGUCUAACAAGUACCUUGCUCCUCUAGAGCCAUGUGGGUUGUCCUGGCCUUGCUGUUAGCCCUCUCCAGCGGCGCUCUGUCUCUGGACAAACUCAACAUGUGUAUGGACGCAAAACAUCACAAAGAAGAGCCUGGCCCUGAGGGACAACUGUACCAACAGUGUUCCCCUUGGCGUGACAAUGCAUGCUGCAAGGCCAACACCACCGAAGAAGCCCACAAUGAUAACUCCUACCUCUACAACUUUAACUGGAAUCACUGUGGAGCUAUGAGCCCCAAUUGCAAGAAACAUUUCGUCCAGGACACUUGUUUUUAUGAGUGCUCGCCACACUUGGGACCCUGGAUAAAACCAGCGGAUGUGAGCUGGCGGAAGGAGAGAAUCUUGGAUGUGCCUCUGUGUAAAGAGGACUGUGAAAGUUGGUGGGACGACUGCAAGGACGAUUUCACCUGCAAGACUAAUUGGCACAAGGGAUGGGACUGGAGCUCAGGUAUUAAUCAAUGCCCUGCAGACAGACAGUGCAGGAAGUGGUCAGAUGUUUUCCCAACACCCAAAUCCAUGUGUGAACAAAUCUGGUCCAACUCAUACCUUUAUACCACCCUUACCAAAAACUCCGGCCGAUGCAUGCAGCUCUGGUUCGAUGGGGCAAAUCCCAACAAGAAGGUGGCAGAGUACUACCUCAAUAAUGCACAGCAACGCCAAAGCUUCACCCUGAUGACGCUGCUCCUCCUGGCUGUCACAUCCUCCUCUGUAAUGAUGAACUAAAACGGUAUCCUGUAUCACCCCGGAGCUACCAAUAAAAUGGAUAAUGCUC